UAUGUGAUCGCCAUUUUUUUUAUGUAGCGCAAGCAGUGGAAAUUGACAACAAAAACAUUGGGUGAAAUGUCUUGAUGAAGUUGGAUCUAGCGGGUAAAACUGGCUGAGCUUACCCUCUGAAGACAGGAAAUUUAUUAGAGUAAUACUGAUCGUCGUUGCCUGACAGGGAAGGAAGGAGGUAUCGAGUGGAUUUGUUGCAAAAGAGAAGGUUGACGUCGUAAAGAAGUUAAGAAUAAUUUAUGUUUUAGACAACUCUGGUGACAACACACAUCAUGGGUACUGGGGUGCAUCUAAAGGCCGCCCUCUGUUGGCUGGCAAGUCUCGCAGUGAUGGCAGUCUCAAUGCCAAGUUAUGCCUUUGCAGACGUGGUUGCAAUCACUUUGAAGGAUGAGACCUUCAUUUUCCCAUCCAUACCAUCUACCUUCGGAGCAAGACUUCCGAUAAAUGGCUUAGAGGGAAUGCUCGUUGUAGCUUCUCCAAUUGACGCUUGCCAACCGAUUCAGCAUCCUCCGGAACCCAAGAACGCAUCCGACUACGUCAACUACUUUGCCCUGAUCAGGAGGGGCAUCUGCAACUUCAAUGAGAAGGUAUUGAACGCCCAGAAUAUGAUGUACCAGGGUGUCAUUGUGUUUAAUGUGGGGUCUGAUGAACUGCUGGAAAUGGGUGGUGACAAAGAUGCCAAAGAGGUUUCUAUACCCUCAGUAUUUGUGGGCGCCUCGUCAGGGGCGGCCCUAAAACUAAUGAAUUACACCUCCGGGACGGAGGUGAAACUUACCCCUUAUAUCAACUUCCCCGCCGGCUAUUUCCUCUUUCCUUUUGUCAUUGUUUCGUCAACGUGCAUUGUCUUCUUUGGUAUUUACGUGGCUGCCAAGUAUGUCCGUGAGAGACAACAAAUCAAACGGGCCAGACUAUCCCGUACAAAUCUAAAAAAGAUACCCACCAAGAAAUUUGUGAAAGGUGAUGCGUAUGAUGUCUGUGCAAUCUGCCUGGAUGACUAUGAAGAGGGCGACAAACUGCGCAUCCUCCCCUGCAAUCACGCAUUUCACUGCAAGUGUGUUGACCCUUGGCUGACCAAUAAUCGCCGCACCUGUCCAGUCUGCAAACGCAAAGUGGUACCGGCCGGAGAAGCAGACUCUGACGAGAGCGAUUCCGACGAAAGCUCCGGGGGUCCCACAGAGCACACCCCUCUGCUCUCGCCCACCAGCAAUCACGCCGGGCCGGCCACCGCAGACACCUCGGCCGCCUCGUCCCGGGGUAUGGACGGGGCAUGGGGUGGAGUCGAACACAGGAACGUCGAUCAAAAGGACGCAUCCACCGCCAUGACCGAGAACGACUCAGACUCAGAUAUCAUCAUCGACGACGAUAACGUGAACUUGCUGUCGCAGUCGCCGAUCAACGAGCAGACCAUUCCCACCUUACACAAUGUCGCGGGAUUAGUUGAAGAUGACGUACCAGCUGUUGUAGUCAUCGACGAUGAGCAACUUGUCCAGGUUGACAUGGAGUCCAAGGAAAAUCUAGCUUGAACUUUGACCUAGUAAGAUGCUGCUGUCAACGUGAACACAUCUCUAGACAGAAAUUGUACAUUAAUAGUGAAAUGUUGAUGCACUAACCACUUGUAAGGUCUCACACAAUGUAUGUAAUGGCUGGUUCAACAACAACCAUGGCCUUUCAGGCCUGUAUGCUUCGCAGGGCAGGUUCUCCUUGUCAAAGGGCACCCUAUGAGGAAACUGAUAAUUUCUACUGGAGCAUUUCAAGGGCACCAAAUCAAUGAAUGACCAGGGGGCAUGGAGGCAAUCACAUUCAUUGCCUCUGUGAAGUGUCAGGCCUGGCCUAAUUGCCUUUCACGUUACCAUGGCCUAAACUACAGCUGAGCAUGCUUUAAAAUUACUCUUGUGGAUUUUGAACUCUUGUUACAGAAAACAAAGAAGUAUACAGAGACAUUAAGAAAGCCAUACAAAGAAAACAAAACAUCGCAGACUUUUUAUCCCUUACUGCCCCAACUACUUUUGAUUUCUUACCCGAUCUGAACCAACUUGCAUGCAAUGGUUUCGGGCAUUCCAAUCUUACACAGUCUACAAUGUUUGAGUGUUAAACCAGCUUGAGUUCGGUGCUCUUAUCCAUUUGGCCAGGACACCCCAUGGACACCCCAUGGACACCCCAUGGACAAAGGACAAAGGACCAGUCUAUCCUAUUAUUGGCUGAGAGGUGCUCUUUUCCAUUGUUUGACCUUGAUAAUGGUGGCUAAUGCAAGGGGGUAACCGGAACUAUCAAAAAAGUUACACAUAGAAACUGAUAUGGACACCCUUCUAAACACGUUUAACAAACAAACCUUGAUUCUUUGAUUUGCUUUUUGAUAAAAUGUGAAGAAUGAAUAUAAAGUAUGUAUGAUAUUUAUACAUGUCAUGUAAUCUUUAUUUAGACAUUAUAAACAUCAAACAAUUGAUUUGUUUAUAACGUUAUAAACUUUAAACAAUUGAUUUGUUUAUAAUGUAAGUUUCCUGCAAUUAGUAUAAUCUCACUCUCUAUUUUUCCUUCUGCGAGUGGCACUUCAUGUAAAUUUGUAAAUCAUAAUCCAACUUUUGGGACGAUUUAUCUUUUUUUUUACAAUUUCAAAUUACUUGAUUUGAAAGUUUGUAGAGUAGAGAUACAACCUAGCAAGGUGUUUUGUAACGGCAUCUAAUUAUCUCUUCUUUUUUCUGAUUGAAAUGUUGUGUUAUUACACCGCCUGGGCCCGAUUUCAUGGCUCUGCUACCAUAAGCACAGAAUCAGCGUUUACGGAAGCAGUGAAUUCUGUGCUUACGGCAAGCGUAUUUCACGGGUAAGUGGCAAGUUUUGGCUUUUGCGUACUCAGAGCCAUGAAAUUGGGCCCUGUUGUUUUACAUAACCAAAUUUCUCUUGAAGAUGAUCGGAGCUUACUGAUCGCAAGGUUGCAUUUCCAGUUGUUUACACCACUGGAUCUGUUCAGAACCAUCAAACCUCAAAGAGAGAUUUGAAUUUUAUGGCAAACUUGCAAUGUUUCAAAGAAGUGUGCCAGUCUUCUAAGUAGGAAUUCUUCAAAAAUCAACAGUGCUUACCAGAAAAAUAUUACCUGCAAAAAUACACCAUCAUGUACUGUUUCCCGACUCACCUAAGCAAUUUGUUUCAGCUUAUGUGGUUUCAUGAAGUCUGACUUUGGUUUAACCCUAACCAAUUGCCCAAUGUUCAUCUUUACUUUGUCUCAAAUCUUACUUAAAUUUCCUUUAAUAUUUUGACAAAUUUACCUGUGUGUCUCUCAAAUCUUACACUAACUUUAAUCUUGUCUAAUAUUUUGACAAUUUGUUUUCUUCAAAUUUGUGUGUGUGUGACAGAGGCUAUUACAUUCUAACUCUUGUAAUUCUCUCUUAUUUUUCUGUAUUUUUUUUAAACAAAGGGUGAUUUUGGAGACACGUAGACAUUAAUAUAAAAAUUAUUUACCUCAGAGUAAUACAAAAAUCACGAUUGUUUUCAUCAAGCCUGUUUGUUUGAUACUGUGACGUGGUUGCCAUGCUAGCAUGCAUUGAUGUAAGAGCAACUCUUUUGAAAACAGCUGCAGCAUAUUAACAUGCAUUAAUAAUAAUAAUAAUAUUAAAAAUAACAACAAUAGUAAACAUGCGUUGAUGCUUAGGAUUCCCUUAUAGCAACACUCCUAGGUUAAUCCCCUGCCACCAAUUUAGACUGACCUAAGGAAUUUCACGAAAAAAUAGUUUAAUCAUGUUUCGAGCGAAGGCAUUUCAGCAUUAACCUAUUCACAAUUGCAACAGGGAACAUAACUCUCAGGGGUGAGAGGCUAAUAAAAAAGUCUGAUACUGGGAUACAAAUUCUAAAGUAUUUUGAUACAAAAAGCUUUUUUGAACAGUUUCUGCAAGUAGACACAAGAGCGGAUUACUUUAUACAUGUAGACAAAAUUAUUUUCCUCACAAGGCCGACAUAAAAAGUCUGAAUUCAGCAUAGAGCUUCAAAACCUUAGUGCGUGUAUAACGGGGUGUUAGCGCUCUAGUCAAUAUAUAUAGCUCUAUGGAAUUCAGAUACAAGUUUACAACAAAUCUUAUCCUUGAACUAGGCUGCUGGCAAUCAGCAAGGUCAAGCGAGGCCCAUUUGUCGACUGAUUUUGCUUCUUACACCAGGCAUGAUAUUCUUCCUACUUAAAGGGUCUAUGUAAC